AUGGAUUUCACUCUGAAGAACCAGACCUCAUCCUUUUCACAUACAGAAUUCAUAAUGCGAGGAUUUCCCGGAGUUUCGGAAUCCAGGGGGUUUCUUGCCAUCCCGUUCUUCAGUGUCUAUGGAUUGAUCUUGGGUGGAAAUGUGAUGAUCAUGUACCGGAUCUGGGUGGAGAAGAGCCUGCAGGCCCCCAUGUAUCACCUAAUCUUUCUCCUUUUUGCUUCAAACAUCUCCUCUACCACCGCCAUUGUCCCCGGCACUCUGAUGGCGCUGCUAUGUGGGAUGGACCGUGUCUCUCUAGGAGGCUGCCUCUUCCAGAUGUUCUUUGUCUACACCAUGGUCAUAUUUGAGUCCAAUGUGUUGCUAUUGAUGGCACUGGACCGCUACAUGGCGAUCUGUAGGCCUCUACGUUACCAUGAGAUCAUGACCAGGCGCCUACUGCUCCUUCUUUCCACCUUGGGCUUAUUUGAAGCUGGCCUCCUGGCUUUUUCUAUAAUAAUGGUGGCCUUCAGGGUGGAGUACUGCUUCUCCAAUCUCAUCCUGGACUUUGUGUGUGAAAAUAUGGUUCUUCUGAAACUGGGAUGUGGGAAAAUCCAUAACAUUCAAAUGUUGGGUCUGAUGGUAAGGAUUAUGGUGACUUCCAUGGGCAUCACUCUGCUCCUGGUCUCUUACUCCAGGAUCCUGUACACGGCCAUGAAUAUAGUGACUGGUAGGGCUCGCCACAAGACGCUCCACACCUGUGGGACUCACCUGUGCAUUGUCAUAAUAAACUACUCAUGUGGGUUAUUGUUGUCCAUCGCGUACAGGAUGCCAAUCUCCACUGACUUCCAGAACCUCACCAGCGCCAUAUACUACCUCUUCCCGGCAACUAUCCAUCCCUUUAUAUAUGGCUUCAGGGUGAAGGAAAUUCGGGUGUGCCUCAUAAAAUCCUGA